UGUGCCAGAAAAAAAGGUAAGGUAGGGAUUCUGAAAGCCAUAUUUGGGAUGCAUCAUGACAUGAUUGAAGUGAAAAUAAAUAUGUGAAUUUUACAACAGUGUAUACGUUAAAUAUUUGGUCAAUAAAAUAAAACAGCCCCCAUCCGUUGCCUUGUAUUUUUCUCUACAUAAACAAUGGACACAUUUUAUCCCUCUAGACUGUAAAUAAGGUGGAGUCCACAGAACCUAUGGCAUAGGUUUGCAAAAUUGAUAACACACACACACACACUCACGCGCAUACACACCGCACCCGCGCAGCCCGACCACUCGGACGAGGAAGCCAAGGGUCGUAACUUCGCGAGGCUCCAAGCGUCGUCAAUGCUCGCCAAUGGAUUAUCGACGGGGCGGUCGAUGCAAAGCGGGGCAUGCCUGCCUGGCAUGAAUUAACAUUUCAACCAUUCCCGUAAAGCGUCGGGAAUGCAGAGGGACCCCACAGCGUCGCGGACCGCCUCCGCCUCCGAACCGGUCGAGGAGAAGAACCGGCCAACGAUGACCGCCGGCGGCAACCGGGGCGCUCCCGGACCGGACGGAGGAUGAAGGCGGCUGCCAGCGCAGAGGGAUCGAGAGCGGUAGGAGAGGUGGAAUAUAAUGAAGUUGAGUGGGAAAGGACUGUGCGCCGUCCUGUCCAGCAGCCUCCUCUUCGCAUGCGCCCUCAGCGAACUCGUGUUCGGAUUAAAAUGCGUCUCGUUGGGCUCCAGCGUCAGAGAACAAUUCCACCUCGGCGCCGCAGCCGGAGCGUUCUACUCCGGGCUGCUCCUCGGAAGCGGCCAGGUCCUCUUGGGCGUCGCGCUGCUCUGCUGCACGGGGAAGCCGCGCAGCCGGAAUCUGGUCCUCCUGGGGGUUGUGGUUUUCCUGCUUGGGGUCCUCACCGCCUUCUCCGGAGCCGUGGUGGACGGGGACACCGCUUCUCUGGUGGAGAAGAAGUAUUUCCACUACUGUGUCCACUCGGGCCAGGUGAGCCGCGCCUGCGAGGAGCUGAGGGAGUACCAGAGGAAUUUGGUCAUCUCCACCGUGCUCAGCACGCUCGAGUGCCUCCUGGGGCUCGUCAACCUGGUGCUCAUCCAAAGGUACAAAGCGGCCCAGUUCUCCCGGAGCAGGCGGGUCCAGAGGCACAGCUCCGGGCCCAUCGUCUUCAGCGAGGAGCGGGACUGCUCUUCGGCGGACUUCCAGCCCGUGUCUUAUAUUAAUCUAGCCGUUUUGAACGUGUCGGACGAGAGCGGCGCGGAAGCCCAGCGAGGGGGCCACCCGUCCAUUGAGCUGCCGGGGUACUCGCCCGCAGACCCGGAACUCAACCGCUGCUUUCCCUUCUCCUACCCGCUCCCCAGUGAACUCCCGCCCGCCUAUGAGGACAUCUUCCCCGCCGAGACACGCAACACAUAGCCGGCCGCUGUGGGACGAUUAGCGAAACCCCAAAGUUUUUUGUUUUUUUUGUUUUUUUUUUUGGGGGGGGGGGGGUUCUCCCAGAUGCCUGCGACAGCUUUUAACAUCACCGUCACGCUAAGGAGGAGCAACAAGCUGAAAUGUGGCAGUGCGGCCGCAUGGCAGCAUCAGGCCAGCAUCUUGCAGUUCAUCAAAAGUUUGUGUUGGAAUAUUUGCUGUUCAGAUUUAUACUUGUGAAUUAAAAGUAUAUUUAACCUCA